GUUGGGCUAUGUGCUGCAGUGUUGGUUGUCAACAUUUUUCUCUGCACUGGAGAUGACAUUUUUAAGAACACUUCUCAUCCUGAAAAGGCCAAUUGUGACAAGAGCUCAAUGAAAGGCGAUAUGCUUGCAAGAUCCCUUUUGAGUUCUCCUGUUGGUUUAGACCAACUUUGUGACACCAAAACUGAUGGUGGAGGGUGGAUUCUGCUGAUGCGCCGGUCUAAAGGUGAUGUAUUCUUUGCAAGACCUUGGACCGAUUAUAGGUAUGGAUUUGGUACAUUCUGUGGUGAUUUUUGGCUAGGACUGGAAGAAAUUCAUCAAUUAAUGUUGUUAGGACGAUGGGAACUAAGGGUGGAUAUAAAGUUCAAAGGUAAAGAUUACUACGCACACUACAAUCUGUUUGAAGUCGAAAGCGAGGCCCAGUUCUACAAGCUGCACGUUGGUGGAUUCUCGGGGAACGUCGGCGAUUGUCUCUCUUUUCACGACGGUAUGAGGUUCUACACAUCAGACAAACCUACCAGCAACGACUGUUCUGGAAAGUUCAGCGGGGGGUGGUGGUAUCAGCAGUGUCAUCGGGCCUACCUGACAGGUAUAUGGGGGUCGAGAGAAUAUGCUAAAGGGAUCUAUUGGAACUCCUUGUCCCCGGGGCAUGAGAGCCUCGAUUCAGUAGAAAUGAAAAUCAGAAAAUUGUAGUUUUCCUGUUUAGACCUCCAUAAUGCUUGUUACGUUCCCCACCCGCCCCUAUGCUUCACACCAUCAACAAUAUGGCAAGUUUCAGGUAUAUUAAGUUACAAAAAAAAAAUGUCUACAGUUUACUAAGAAUAUGAUUUUGAAGAAAUUUUUUCUUAAAUAACACUAGAGAAUUCUAGCAAAGUCGUAACAAGAUGUAAAACUUAUUAAAAAGUUAUUUCGAUUUACAAAAAUAAUUUUAACAUCGAAAUAACAACUUUUAA